GCAAGCUAAUGAAGAAUAUCAAGUGCUGGCUAAUUCAUGGCGGUAUUCAUCUGCUUUUUCAAAUAAACUGUUUUUCACAAUAGUGGAUUAUGAUGAAGGGGCAGAUGUUUUUCAACAGCUGAAUAUGAACUCUGCUCCGACUUUCAUGCAUUUUCCUCCAAAAGGUAAACCCAAGAGAGCUGACACAUUUGACCUGCAGAGGAUCGGAUUUGCAGCUGAGCAGCUAGCUAAAUGGAUAGCUGACAGAACAGAUGUUCAUAUUAGAGUGUUCAGGCCUCCUAACUAUUCUGGUACGAUUGCACUGGCUCUUCUGGUAUCUCUUGUUGGUGGCUUGUUAUAUUUGCGAAGAAAUAACUUAGAGUUCAUCUACAACAAAACUGGCUGGGCCAUGGCAGCUCUGUGUGUUGUAUUUGCUAUGACAUCUGGUCAGAUGUGGAAUCACAUCCGUGGACCCCCAUAUGCACAUAAAAAUCCUCAGAAUGGACAAGUGAGUUACAUACAUGGAAGCAGUCAGGCUCAGUUUGUUGCAGAAUCACAUAUUAUUCUUCUGCUGAGUAUCCUUCAAACUGGUGAUAAAUAG